AUGCAGCCACGUAGUUGUACCCGAUCUGUAUUGGCCACGCGAGAAGCAGGUCGUGCUCCCACUUUUUUUUCCUCACCUCACCUCGCCUUCUCAAUAAAGUUUUCCUUUGGUUCGCUUCUCGUGUUCUGGUUUCGCGAUGUCAACAACAAGGACCCCAAUAUCCACACCAACAAGCUUUCUUACGCCUCAUCGGGUACUUGCCAUGAACAACAUGAGCGCAAUUCUAGCCGGCGUAUCACUUCUGCUAUGUUUGAUUGUGCUGGGAAUUGUAGGAUUAAUAUAUUCCAACCGGGAGUCAAGAAAAUCACUGGACCGAUUAUCCUUUCGAUUAUUGAUGUAUGCGCUGCUGUCAAAUUGUUUGCCGGUGUGUGGUUGAUCCAGUUUUGGCUUGGUAUAACCAACUACUUUAUCCUCUGCAUUGCGCUCAACCUCCAACUCGUUCUUGUACAUUCUGUCAACGUCCUAGCACUCGAAAAAUAUUACAUCAUUGGCACUUUCGCUCUCAACCUUGCUAUCACUCUACCACCACUUAUAAAAGGAAAGUUUGGUUGGGACCAUGUAAUAGGUGUUUGCUGGCUCACUUCCACUAACAAGCGUGAUCGCUUGAUAUGGCAAAUAAGCACGCAGUUAUUCUGGAUUUUACUUGCAGUAGCGAUAACGGGCGUCAGUGCGGCGAUUACUCUGACUUAUUUAUAUAAACACAAAGGAACAUUGGGCUCUUCCUCCGCGGCGUCCACGUCCGGGAGGUUUCGAAGCAUCCCAAUGCUAGACACAAGGGGACACCCGUUGAGGAGAAAUGCUACGAGGUUGGCAAGUAAGAAUUUGUCAAAUGAUAAGAGUUUCAGAAGUGUUGUUUUCAGAAUUUCCAUAUACCCAAUCGUAAUGAUAAUACUCAACUUUUUCAUAACCGUUGCAGAUCUCCGCAUCUCCACCGCUGAAGGAAUAUACACCCAAUACGACUAUAACCUUUACGUCGUAUACUACGCCUUCUACGGCGGUCGUGGGAUAUUCUAUGCUCUGAUGGCAUUUAUAGACCCCUGUAUUAGCAGGGGUCUGAAUGUAUGGAGAGGACAGCAUUCACCAUCCGGUCUGGAGCAGGAGGAGGAUGCGCUGCAGUAUUCUCUGGGGGGAGGGAUUAUCAGUGUACAAGCUGAGAUUAUCAGGUUUGUGGAGGAGAUUGGGUUAUUUCCAGGAAGUGAUAACGGGCGAGGGCAGGGGACGAGGGCAAGGAACGGAUCCGGGAGCACGAUGGAUAGUCUGAGGUACGAAGAAAGCAACGAGGGAGGAGGGGAACGUGAAAGGGCAAUGGAAAGGGAGAGGGGGAUAGAAGUUGAGAGGGGGAGGGGGAGGGAAAGGGAGAGAGGGCCAGAGAAUGUGGGCGUGGAGGAAAGGGGAACAUGGGAGUCGCAUGGGUCGGGGCAACUUCAACUGGAGAUACAAAGAAGUGUGCAGGAGAGGAUGGAAAUGAUGCAAGCAGCGGAGGCGCAUGUCAAACGACAAAUUUAA